AUCUCUUCUAAUCAGUUAUAAGAAAAAAAACGCUUUUCAAGUUCUGUCUAUCUGUCUCCACGAUUCACGCCUUGACCCCUCAUUCAUCAUUUUCCCUUCUCAAACCAAAUCGUUCAUCGUUGGAGAGAGAGAGAGAUAGGCACGAAAGAGAGAAGAUGAGUUUUCAAGAUUUGGAAGCUGGGAAAGGAAGAUCGAGGAAGAUCAAUGGCGGUGGUGGUGGUCGCCAAGAUUCGACGCAAGCCGUCGCUUCCGGUAUCUUCCAGAUCAAUACCGGAGUCUCCACGUUUCAGCGGCUCGUUAACACGCUCGGUACUCCCAAAGACACGCCCGAGCUCCGUGAGAAGCUGCACAAGACAAGGUUGCAUAUAGGACAGCUUGUGAAGGAUACUUCUGCUAAGCUUAAAGAAGCUAGUGAAACUGAUCAUCGAAGCGGUGUCAAUCCAAGUAAGAAGAUUGCAGAUGCUAAGCUUGCAAAGGACUUUCAAGCUGUGUUGAAAGAGUUUCAGAAAGCUCAGCAGACAGCUGCUGAAAGAGAAACCGCUUAUGCUCCUCUCGUCCCUCCUUCUGCUCAUCCCUCUAGCUAUACAGCGAGUGAAGCUGAUAAGAUCCCAGAACAGCGGGCACAAGUUAUGGAGUCAAAAAGGCAGGAACUUGUAUUGUUAGACAACGAGAUUGCGUUCAACGAAGCUGUGAUCGAAGAAAGAGAGCAAGGGAUACAAGAGAUCCAUACUCAAAUUGGCGAGGUUAACGAAAUAUUCAAAGAUCUUGCUGUUCUAGUUAACGACCAAGGAGUCAUGAUAGAUGAUAUUGGUACUCACAUUGACAACUCUCGAGCUGCAACUGCUCAAGGAAAAUCUCAGCUAGCUCAAGCCUCCAAAACACAAAGAUCAAACUCAUCUCUGACGUGCUUGCUCUUGGUGAUAUUUGGCAUUGUACUCCUGAUCGUGAUCAUCGUACUUGCAGCUUGAUUUUGGUAAAGCAAGAACAAGAAUUUAAAUGUAUUCAUCGAUGUUUAAGGCAUCAAAGAGUGUGACUACUUAGUAUAUAAGGCAACUUAUAAACAAAAACUUAGAAGUUUGGUUUUGCAUUGGUUUGGUUCGGUUUGAGGGUCUAUUGGUGAAUGUAACAGAGCGUGUGUGUGUGUGUGCGUUGGUUUCUUUUGUUGUGCAAACUAUUUGUUGGAGCUUGUCCUAUCAUUCAAGAAAAUGGUUUGAACCGGUUUAA